AUGCUCUUUGAUCUGGUGACGCUGCUGGUGCUGGCGGUCUCCCAGCCAUUAUCCACGGUGGUGUUCACGCUGUUUGCUGGCAUUGCCAUCAUUGUGUUCCUCACGCUGACCCAGCCGUUCUACCUCAAAUUGGUGGCGGGGAUCGACCCCGAUACUGUGGGGCGAACCGUGGGCAGUUUGGGGACGUUUGACGAGGUUGUGGCGAUGGCGGUGGCUCCCUAUGUCGGUAGUCUUGUCGACGGAGGCCGCCAACCACGGCUUAUUCAGGUGGCGGGGUUUGCGCUUGUGGCCAUGGCGCUUUUAGCGUACUCUCGCUGGUCGCACCCGUGGGUGGUGCUCUACCUCGUUCGGGGAUUAUUUGCUGCCGGUAUCACGCUGGUACUUACGAUGCUGACGGUGUUUCUCAACCAUAUUGCUCUGAUUUCCGGUACCGGUCAUCUGGGUAAGUUUGCUGCCGUUGUCGGCAUGUCGCUGGGAUUAGGGGCGAUUUUCGCCGUACUGGCAUUUACCACGCUACCAACGCGUCUCAGCCACUGGUUCGACUACGCUGAGCUGAAAGCGGUGGCGGUGGCGUACCUGGUAGUUGCCGUUUGGGCGUUGGCCUCGUUGGUGAUCACCGCGGCCAUUGGGCCUAAACUGAACCCGCAACCAGGCCACCCGGAACUCCUGUACUGGCAACGAGUCAAGCGAGGCUACACUGCCUCUAAAGGUGAUCGUCGAGCGCAAUUGGCGUUGCUCGGCGGGUUUGUGCUGCGGCUGGCCCUGGUGGCCAACCUGGUGUUUAUCCCGUUGUUUGUCUAUAAGUGGUACCUGGACCACGGCGAGUGCCGUGUAGACCAGCCGUUGGACCGGUUCAAUUGUGCUCAGGGGUUUAAAUUCCUGGCGAUUUUGACCGGAGUCAGUCAGAUGGUGGCUUUGAUCAGUUCUCCGUUUUGGGGUUAUAUCACUGAUAAAUUGCCUCCAGCGACGGUGAUGGGAGUAUGCGGUGGUAUUGGCAUCGCCGGCUCGCUCGGGUUUGUCACCCUCGUGUCGCUGCCGAAGCUGGUGGCGGCGUUUGUCAUGGUAUCGCUCUUGGGGUGCGCCCAGCUUGGGGUGAUCAUAUCGCUGAUGAGUAUGUUGGCGAAGAUCGGCAAUCAGACUUCGGACUUUGUCCAAGAAACGCAGGAGGCCCAGGUGAUUGGGACGUUGCUGGGGUUCUAUACGUUUUGCGGCAAUAUGGGGAUCCUCGUGAUUUCGUUUGUUGGCGGGUGGCUCAGUGAUGGGUUGGCGCUGGCACCAUUUGUGGUGAUUGGCGUGUUCUACUUGGCCAUGGCAGUUCAGGCGGUUAUGGUGGCUAAGAGGCAACCCCCGCCCCUGAUUGCAUAG